AUGGCGUCUGCUCUCACCGUCCUCCUCCUCGGGCGAGAAUACCCCAAACCUCCCAUCUGCGUGAGCCCCAGCAGGGUGGUGGCGCUCGGGGGAAGCGUCACCAUCCUCUGUGAGGGUUUGUACCCGGGCAUGGAGUUCUUUCUGCAUAAAGCUGGAGACCCGAACCCGCAGGUGCGGUCGGUGCCUGAUGGGACCGUGGCUGAAUUUCCCAUCGCCAAUGUCAGCCGGGAACAUGGAGGGAGCUACACCUGCGAAUAUCGCCCCAUAACGGAUCAGAAUCGCACAUCUCAUCCCAGCGACCCCGUCGAGAUCAUUGUAGAAGAGCCCAGCUACCCCAAACCCAACAUCUCCCUGAGCCCCAGCGAGGGGGUCUCCCUGGGGGGAGCCGUGACUGUCUGGUGUUGGGGGCAGCACCAGGACGUGCGGUUCGUGCUGAAUAAAGAGCGACGCCAUUUCCCACCUGUGGAUUCGGACGGGUUUCAGGCUGUGUUUCCCAUCAGCAACGUGAGCCGGGAGGACGGCGGGAACUACAGCUGCUCCUAUCACAGCAGAUCGGAGCCGUUCGCCGUGUCGUACCCCAGCGACCCCGUGGAGCUGGUGGUGAGAGAUCCCAGCUUACCCAGACCCUCCAUCGCUCUGAGCCCCACUGGGGUCACCGCCCCAGGGGCAGACGUCACCAUCCGGUGUCAGUGGCAGCGCCGGGACGUGAUGUUCUUCCUGCACAAGGCCGGAGACCUGAACCCACAGCGACAGAUGGACCCUGCUGGGGACGGGGCCGAGUUCCUCAUCCCCACCGUGGGCCGGCAGCACGGAGGGAACUACAGCUGCAGCUACCGGAACCGAUCAGAGCCCUUCGUCUCCUCGCAGCCCAGCGACCCCCUGCAGCUGGUGGUAGCAGGUGGAUCGGUAUCAAGCACAGCACCGGUUCUGACCCGCCCCAUCAUCGCCGGGGUGAGCGCAGCGUCCGCCGGCCUCCUCCUCCUCCUCCUCCUCCUGGCCUUCGUCUGCUACAGAAGAACCCGAGGAAGGAAAGGACCAGCCCCGAGACAGAGCAGGGAGUCCGAGGCUGCAGCCACAGUCUACGCCCUCAUGGGUGAAGGGAAGCAGCUGAAUGUCCUGCCCCAGGAGCACGACCCCGGCGCCGAGGGACUCACCUACGCCGAGCUGGACGGUCAGGCGCUGCAGGCCAAGCGGGGGGGCCCGGCCCCUGCCCCCGAGCCUGUCCUGUACGCCACCAUCAACGUGAGCCAGGGGCCUGAGGGGUAG